AUGAAGCAACUGACAGGGGAGAUGCCAUCGAGGACGCGGGUAGAAAGAGGAGGACGAGGCAGAGAGAAGAGACGAGAGAGCGAGAGCCAGCCAGGAGGGAGGGGAUGGGGGACGGCGAUGGCGACGAGGGUGGAGGGAGUCGAGGGCGGGUUUAGGUUGGUGGGGCGAUUCCGUGCGCGAGGAGGGUUUUAUGGCCCGGCCACGGGGGCAACUCCAGGCAGGCCACUGCUGACGCCCCUGCCCAGCCGAGGGAGAGAGUUCACCGGGAGGAGGGUUGCGCUGAACGGCGAUGUUUUGUCUCGAUGCUCGCGUUUUUUCUUCCUGUGCUACGUCGUACUCAAAGAGCCCGAGUUCGUGGCAAAGCCGGCAAUGGGCCGCACGGUGCCCACCUCCAAUCUCCCUCCAGUGCCCGGGGAGCGCCAGCAGCGCCGCCGGAAUGGAGCGAGCGAGCCCACAACCACCGGUCUGGAAUCAGCGGCCGGAGCUUAA